AUGCCGGCAGAUCGCAUAGUCGACGAGGAUGAGGAAUAUCAGUCUUCCCAAGAUUCCGAUUUCGCGCCGGACGAUGCGCCUGAUGCUGCGUCUGGCUCCUCCGAUUCCGAAGAUGAACCCGACGAAGCUGCCAGAAAACGCCGACGGCCGGUGAAUGAGGCGAAGACUGAUGGAGGAGAUGACUAUGAGAAUUCCGGCGACGAGGCCAUUAUUGAAAAAGGUCGCAAACGACAGAAACGGGCCAGAGCCAAGGGCGAGGCCGUGGAUGAUGAAGGCGGCGAAGGCGGCUUGAUCAAGACGAGGAGACAGCGCGCAGCAGAGAAAGAGGAGCGCCAGUAUGCUUUGAGUGCAGGGCCGGUGACGGUCGAUAUCGAUGCCAUCUGGGCAGAAAUGAAAGCGGGAGGAGCCUCAGCCUUAGCGCAAGAAAAGGAAGAAGAAGGCAAAGCAGUGGAUGGGACUGAAGCCGCAGUCACAGCCGACAAUGCCGCUGCUAAAGACGACGAAUCUUCCAUGAUCCGUAUCAAGCGCACGUACAACUUUGCCGGUCGAGUGCACACCGAAGAGAAGCUCGUCCCCCGCGACUCAGCCGAAGCCAAGCUCUACCUAGCCUCUCAGGGCGAAGACGCUCUACCAGAUUCCCUGCCGAUCAAGAGACUUACCAAGAAGGCGUUCCGAUCUGCCUUUGAGCCGGCCGUGGAGGGAAUGACCGGCCGUUCAGAUCUCAAUCUCGGUGUCGCCGCCAGGAUGAAGGCAGCCAACGAAGCGCAAGCGAAGAAGCUCAAUACAGUGGAGAAGAGUCGCAUGGAUUGGGCCGGCUUCGUGGACAAGGAAGGCAUCAAAGACGAACUGGAGCUGGCGGGCAAGUCCAAGGAUUCGUAUGCCUCGCGGCAAGACUUUCUGGCGCGAAGCGAGGCCUUGCGGGAGGUCGAGGCGAGGAAAGCAAGGGUGGCGGCACGAGUGUAG